AGAGAAGAACAGCAGCCCGAGCGGCCGGAGUCGCACUCGGACCCUUCCCAGGGACGCCGAGGCCGGGCGGGCCCGGGCCAUGCGCGCCGCUCACUGAGGCCGAGGGAGGCCGCGAUGGAGGCGCCGGCGGGGGAACUCCCGGCGCGGGGCUGCGGCCCCCCGCCCGCGCCCGCCCCAGAGAGGAAGAAGAGCCACCGCGCGCCGUCGCCAGCCCGGCCCAAGGACGUGGCCGGCUGGUCUCUGGCCAAGGGCCGCCGCGGCCCAGGCCCGGGCGCCGCUGCCGCCUGUAGCGCCGCGUCCUCAACGCGGCCGGACAAGAAGGGGCGCGCGGUGGCGCCCGGAGCGCGGGGCGCAGGGCCGCGGGUGGCUGGGGUCCGCACCGGGGUGCGCGCCAAAGGCCGUCCGCGCCCGGGUGCGGGGCCGCGACCGCCUCCACCGCCUCCCAGCCUCACGGACAGCAGCUCCGAGGUGUCCGACUGCGCGUCGGAGGAGGCGCGCCUGUUGGGCCUGGAGCUGGCGCUGAGCAGCGAUGCCGAGUCGGCGGCCGGGGGCCCGGCGGGAGCCCGCACCGGGCAGCAGCCCCAGCCCGCGCCAUCCGCGCAGCAGCCUCCGCGGCCGCCUGCUUCCCCGGAUGAGCCGUCGGUGACCGCGUCGUCGGUGGGCAGCAGCCGCCUGCCGCUCAGUGCCUCGCUCGCCUUCUCCGACCUCACCGAGGAGAUGCUGGACUGCGGGCCCGGCGGCUUCGUGCGCGAGCUGGAGGAGCUGCGCUCCGAGAACGACUAUCUCAAGGAUGAGAUCGAGGAGCUACGGGCAGAGAUGCUGGAGAUGCGGGAUGUGUACAUGGAGGAGGAUGUAUACCAGCUGCAGGAGUUACGGCAGCAGCUGGACCAGGCCAGCAAGACUUGCCGCAUCCUGCAGUACCGACUGCGCAAAGCCGAGCGCCGCAGCCUCCGUGCUGCCCAGACUGGCCAGGUGGACGGCGAGCUCAUCCGAGGUCUGGAGCAGGAUGUCAAGGUCUCUAAGGACAUCUCCAUGAGGCUGCACAAGGAGCUUGAGGUGGUGGAGAAGAAGAGGGCACGGCUGGAGGAGGAGAAUGAGGAGCUUCGGCAGCGGCUCAUCGAGACGGAGCUGGCCAAGCAGGUGCUGCAGACCGAGCUGGAGCGGCCGAGAGAGCAUUCCUUGAAGAAAAGAGGAACCCGCUCCCUGGGGAAGACAGAUAAGAAGCCUUCUGCACAGGAGGACAGUGCGGACCUGAAAUGCCAGCUGCACUUUGCAAAGGAGGAGUCGGCCCUCAUGUGCAAGAAGCUCACCAAGCUAGCCAAGGAGAACGACAGCAUGAAGGAGGAGCUGCUCAAGUACCGCUCGCUCUAUGGUGACCUGGACGCUGCCCUGUCCGCGGAGGAACUGGCGGACGCCCCUCACUCCAGGGAGACCGAGCUCAAGGUACACCUGAAGCUGGUGGAGGAAGAGGCCAACCUGCUUAGCCGCCGCAUUGUGGAGCUGGAAGUGGAGAACCGGGGCCUGCGCGCCGAGAUGGAUGACAUGAAGGAUCACGGUGGCAGCUGCGGAGGGCCGGAGGCCCGGCUGGCCUUCUCUGUGCUGGGCAGCAGUGGUGGCGGCGAGUGUGGGGAGAGCCUGGCGGAGCUGCGGCGACACCUGCAGUUCGUGGAAGAGGAGGCCGAGCUGCUACGCCGCUCCUCCGCCGAGCUGGAGGACCAGAACAAGUUGUUGCUGAGCGAGCUGGCCAAGUACCGCUCCGAGCACGAGCUGGACGUGACGCUGUCGGAGGACAGCUGCUCGGUGCUGAGCGAGCCGUCGCAGGAGGAGCUGGCUGCGGCCAAGCUGCAGAUCGGCGAGCUCAGCGGCAAAGUCAAGAAGCUGCAGUACGAGAACCGCGUGCUCCUCUCCAACCUGCAGCGCUGCGACCUCGCCUCCUGCCAGAGCACACGCCCCAUGCUGGAGACGGACGCCGAGGCUGGGGACUCUGCCCAGUGUGUGCCCGCGCCGCUGAGCGAGGCCCACGAGCCCCACGCCGCCCGGCUCUGCAGGACCCGCGACACUGAGGCGCUGCCCGGGCUGCGGGAGCAGGCCAUCCUGGUCAGUAAAGCCAUUGAUGUCCUGGUGGCUGAUGCCAAUGGCUUCUCGGCUGGCCUACGGCUGUGCCUGGACAACGAGUGUGCUGACUUUCGGCUGCAUGAGGCCCCUGACAACAGUGAGGGGCCCAGGGACACUAAGCUUAUCCAUGCCAUCCUGGUGCGGCUGAGCAUGCUCCAGCAGGAGCUCAACACCUUUGCACGAAAGGCAGAUGUGGUCCUGGGGGGCUCUGGCAAGGAGCAGCCAGAGCCCUUCUCCACGCUGCCCUCCUUGGGCUCCCAGGGACCCUCCAAAGAGAUCAUCCUAGCCAAGGACCUUGGCUCAGACUUCCAGCCGUCUGACUUUAGGGACCUGCCGGAAUGGGAGCCCAGGAUCCGAGAGGCCUUUCGCACUGGUGACUUGGACUCCAAGCCUGAUCCCGGUAGGAGCUUCAGGUCUUACCGAGCUGAAGACAAUGAUUCCUAUGCCUCUGAGAUCAAGGAGCUGCAAUUGGUGCUGGCCGAGGCCCAUGACAGCCUCCGGGGCCUGCAAGAGCAGCUGUCACAGGAGCGGCAGCUGCGCAAGGAGGAGGCCGACAACUUCAACCAGAAAAUGGUCCAGCUGAAGGAGGACCAGCAGAGGGCACUGCUGAGGCGGGAGUUCGAGCUGCAGAGUCUGAGCCUGCAGAGAAGGCUGGAGCAGAAGUUCUGGAGCCAGGAGAAGAACACGCUGGUGCAGGAGUCCCAGCAGUUCAAGCAUAACUUCCUGCUGCUCUUCAUGAAGCUCAGGUGGUUCCUGAAGCGCUGGCGGCAGGGCAAAGUCUUGCCCAGUGAGGGGGAUGACUUCCUGGAGGUAAACAGCAUGAAGGAACUGUAUCUGCUUAUGGAGGAAGAGGAGAUAAAUGCCCAGCAUCCAGAUAACAAGGCCUGCACGGGGGACAGCUGGACCCAGAACACGCCCAGUGAGGACAUCAAGACGCUGGCUGACAUGAAGGUGACGCUGAAGGAGCUGUGCUGGCUGCUCCGGGACGAGCGCCGAGGUCUGACCGAGCUUCAGCAGCAGUUUGCCAAGGCCAAGGCCACCUGGGAGACUGAGCGGGCUGAGCUCAAGAGCCAUGCUGCCCAGAUAGAGCUGAAGGCUGGGAAGGGUGCCCUGCAGAGGGAGCGGGAGGAGCAGCAGCACCUCCUGGCUGAGUCCUACAGUGCAGUCAUGGAGCUGACGCGCCAGCUGCAGGUCAGCGAGCGCAACUGGAGCCAGGAGAAGCUGCAGCUUCUGGAGCGGCUUCAGGGUGAGAAGCAGCGAGUGGAGCAGCAGGUGAAGGAUCUCCAGAACCGCCUCAGCCAGCUUCAGAAGGCUGCUGAGCCCUGGGUCCUGAAACACGCAGACCUGGAGAAGCAGGACAACAGCUGGAAAGAGACGCGCAGCGAGAAGAUCCACGACAAGGAGGCUGGGUCUGAAGCCGAACUUGGGGGAACUGGCUUAAAGAGGACCAAGUCUGUUUCCUCCAUGUCUGAGUUCGAAAGCUUGCUGGACUGUUCCCCUUACCUUGCUGGUGGAGAUGCCCGGGGCAAGAAGCUGCCCAACAGCCCUGCCUUUACUUUCGUUGGUAGCGAGCCGGUGGAGCCAGAAAAAGACACCAAGGAAAAGCCUGGGCUCCUACCACGGGGCUGCAGCCGCCUGGGCUCCCUGGCCUGCCAGGACCCUGCAGGGAAGCAGAUGCAACGCAGCUAUACAGCUCCGGACAAGACAGGCAUCCGCGUCUACUACAGCCCCCCAGUGGCCCGACGCCUGGGUGUCCCUGUGGUCCAUGACAAGGAGGGCAAGGUCCUCAUUGAACCUGGCUUUCUCUUCACCACAGCCAAACCCAAAGAGUCAACUGAGGCCGAUGGGCUGGCUGACAGCGCCUAUGGCCGGUGGCUCUGCAAUUUCUCCCGGCAGCGCCUGGAUGGAGGCUCUGGGGGCAGCCCAUCUGCGGCUGGGCCUGCCUUUCCAGCGGCCCUGCAUGACUUUGAGAUGUCAGGCAACAUGAGCGAUGACAUGAAGGAGAUCACCAAUUGUGUGCGACAGGCCAUGCGCUCGGGCUCGCUGGAGAGGAAAGUGAAGAGUACAUCCAGCCAGACGGUGGGCCUGGCCAGCGUGGGGACGCAGACCAUCCGCACGGUCAGUGUGGGCCUGCAGACUGACCCACCACGCAGCAGCCUCCACGGCAAGAGCUGGUCACCCCGCAGCUCCUCGCUUGUGUCCGUGCGCAGCAAGCAGAUCUCCUCCUCCCUGGACAAGGUCCACUCGCGCAUCGAACGGCCCUGCUGCUCCCCGAAGUACGGCUCACCAAAGCUGCAGAGGCGAUCCGUGUCUAAGCUGGAUAACACCAAGGACCGCAGCCUGUGGAACCUGCACCAGGGCAAGCAGAAUGGCUCAGCGUGGGCCCGUUCUACCACCACACGGGACAGCCCCGUGCUGAGGAACAUCAACGAUGGGCUGUCCAGCCUCUUCAGUGUGGUGGAGCAUUCAGGGAGCACUGAGUCUGUCUGGAAACUGGGCAUGUCUGAGGCCCGGGUCAAGCCCGAGCCUCCUAAGUAUGGCCUCGUGCAGGAGUUCUUCCGUAAUGUGUGUGGCCGGGCACCAAGCCCUACCUCGGUGGUGGGAGAGGAGAGCUCUAAGAAGCCAGAGCCCCUCUCACCUGCCAGCUACCAUCAGCCAGAGGGCGUGAUCAGGAUCCUGAACAAGAAGGCAGCCAAGUCAGGCUGCAGCGAGGAGGCCAGACCCACCAUCGCUCUCCAGGUGGGGAAGGAUGGUGUCCUUCGGGAUGGAGACGGAGCCUCUGUCCUUCCCAAUGAGGACGCUGUUUGUGACUGCAGUGCUCAGUCUCUCGCCUCCUGCUUUGCCCGGCCAUCCCGCUCUGCCAUCCGCCAUUCACCUUCCAAGUGCAGGCUGCACCCUUCCGAGUCUGGUUGGGGUGUGGAGGAGAGGGCAGUCCCCCCCAGCGAGUGACAGAGCAGUAUGCUUUCCACAUCAAGCAGCCCAGUCCCUGGAGAUGCUGUGAAGAGUCAUGCCUUCAGCCUUGCUGCGCCCUGGAGGGUCAGCAGCUAUGCCACUGCCAGAAAAGAGCUUUCACACCAAGGUAAAGCAGGGUCUCCAGUGACCGGUGUCCUCUGACUUCUGGGGGAUGGCAGUGAGCCGGAGAAAGACCAAGCCUGGGUGACCAAGAGUGGGCCUUAGAAACUUCCCUGGAGAGCUCCGUCAAGGGCUGAUCCUUGGGUCCCGAAGGAGACCGUUCCCUGGCUCCACCCACACCCACUUCUUGGAAGAGCCCAAGAAGGGAGGCACUCCUGGCCAUUCCUCGGGACAGGAGCCCACAGUGAUGUCUCUGCCGACCACACACCCCUUCGCUGGGGAGGAGACACCAUUGAGAAGAACAGGUCCAGCUUGGGGUUCCUGGCAGCGUUGUGCCGGGCAUAUCACCGUCGCCCUGUUCCCUCCACUACCUGCUCCUCCCAGCCCUGCUGCUUGGGUUGCUGGGACUCUUGGGGGUAUGAUAGGGCAGUAGCCAGGGCCAAGUAGGCUUGGAAUCCUGGAGCCCUGGAUCUCCCUGUCCUUUUCCUGAUACAGCAAGAACUGGGAGGCAAGUGGAACAUGCAGGGCUUAAGGUUGGGAAGCCAUUAAGAACUGCCUUCCUUGCCAAGGUGAGUUGGGAAGCCCAACCUUCCCAGGAGGCUCCGUGAAGACAGAAGUGGGUAAGGUCCAUCUCAAGACCUAGUCCCCAGAUAAAUGCCUCCAUGCUAUGCCUUGAUCUCUGGAACCUCUCUCUUAUACCCGGGAGGGGCCCUAUAUCUCCACUGUGUUCACAUCCUGCAGCUGGUGGAGGGCAAAGACACUCCCACUGAGAGACUCCUAGGUAGUCAGUCAGGCCAGGGAGAACUCCAGGAGGCCAAUGUCCCAGGACACAGCCCAGGACUAGGGCUAGAAACAUAUUUCUUGCCUAGAUUGUUUAUUUGAAUUUUUUGUACUUUUAAGUAUUUAAGGUGGUUUACUUUAUUUUAAUAAUUUAAUUUUCCCCAAAGCCCGUAAGGUAAUUUAUUGGAGGUUGAGACAUGUAUUCUUUCCACUAGGACAAUGUGGGGCUCCUAACCCCACGGAUAGGCAUGUGGUCUCCUGUGUGAAUGAGGCAGCUCAGUUCCAGCUCUGGAUUCCUGGUUACUUUGAGAGGUUCCCUAACACCACCAACCUCAGACCACCACUUUUAUUUAGCACCUGGUACUUUCCUGGCCCCUGGAGGUCAGUCUGUAAAUGCUCCAGACAGGGUGGUGAGGUGGACUGACCUCACCACUCCCCAAAUGUCCUCCCUUUCCCUUCUGAUAUCCCCCAUCCUCUGACACCUUCUUUAGUGAGUCAAACAUGGAUGACUAUAGCUCUUAUCAAGAGCACAGAGACCCCUUCAAGCUCCCCCAAGUGAGAACUUGCAGGAAAACAGGAUGGACUUCGAGAAUGUUGUUUAUUGCAGCUUUGCACAUGGAUCUGAGAGUGUCUACCAGCCUGCCAGCCUUUUCACCAGCCUGUCUCCUUAGCCUUAUGGCCGUUCAUGGCUCUGCUCUGACCCCAGCUCUACUGCCUACCCUUCCCAUGCUCAUGGGAGCCUCUGGGCCCAUCCAGUGGACUGCAGCAUGGUUCACUUCAGUACAGUGAGGACGGCCUCACUUGGUGCCAAUGAACCCAUUUUGGUUGAAUACCCCACACACAUAUGCCAGAUGUGCAGCCCUCCUGUCAUUGGCUGGGGUCCUAGAGUCCGUCCCAGGAUGGAUGGGCAGAACUCCCCAUCAGAAAGGCUGAGAGCCAACAACAUUGCUGGUUUGCCCCCAGACUCAGGAGACACUCUGCAUUCCCACCUGUCACUUCCCAGUCCAUCUUUUCAGGGUCGUCUGGACCAGUUACUCAAAGCCCUUCAUCCCCAUUCCCUCUGGGCACCACAUCAGUGUCCUGUCAGUCCUACCAGCUGCUGCCUCAUGCCCUAGUGACUUGUAUGGGCAGAGCCACAGGCCGAAGGAACUGUGGGCCUUCCCUGUGGGAUGCCACUGCUCCUACCCAAGAGGUCAUGGGCCCCUCAAAGGUUAUCUCCAAGUGAGGGGAUUCACACCAGGCCACAGCCAACAGAGGCCUUCUGCCACUUCCCAGAGCUGUAGAAGGCCAGGGAGGCUGUGUUCUCAGCCUUGGGGAGAAAUCCUCAUAAGACCCAACCCUUGGGGCCCACGGGCCACUCAGCCUUACCAUCGUUAAUUGAGAUUUUCAUGUGUCCUUGUUGUCUCAGCACCUGGCCUGUGGCCCCAGUGGGUGUCGGAGACCCCUGUUUCUACUUCUUGCAUCCACUGUGCAAGGCUACUCAUCACUGUUCCAACAGAAGCCUCUAGAUGUGGGGCUUGAUGGGGUUGAAAAUGUUAUGUGUAAAUAUUGGUUUGGUUUUUAGCAUUACUUGGUAACUGGUUGUUUUCUUUUUUGGGGGUGGGAGGGUUGGUUUGUAAAAACUCUCUACUCUUUUGGAAUGUAAUUUCUAAGUUUGUUUCUUCAAAUGCCUUUUAUGUCUUGGUAACAUUCCCAAAGCAGAAAACUGCCUGUCCUACAGUGGGGACUCCCUGGAGGACUUGGCUCCCAGGAAGAACACUGCCCUUGUCCCUUUCUUCCCCUUCCUACUUCCUUCCACUUGUUGCUCCCCUAGCCAUCUUCCUCCUUUUCUCCUCCUCUCUUUCUUCAACCAAAGUCCCAAGGUACCCUGGUAUUCCACACUGCCUGGCUUGGACCCAUGGGGUUGGCAUCAGUUGUUUUUGGGGGAAAGGGAGGCAGUUCCAUGGUUGAACCUAAACUGGGUCACUUCACAUUUCUUAUGUCUGAUCUCUUCCAAGAGCCAAAUUUAACUCUUCUGGGGGCAAUGGUGACUGGCUUUGGAAAUGAAAAUUAAACCACUUUGGUGCCACCAAGGCUUGAAUAUACAAGGCAUCAGCAUCCAGUUUCCUGGCCCCUGGCAGACUUCAUCUCCAUCCUUUCCCCACCAAAGGCUGACCUCUAAGAAGUCCUACUUCAAAUGGGCUCCACCCUGUGGCCUCCCAGAGAUGCCGUUCUACCAGCUGUCAUCCAGGUGUCAGUGCUGGGUAUCAAACCCUAGCAUAGCCCUGUGCAGCCAACAUCCAGCUAAGCUAUGCCCUGAUGCCCUUAUGGCUCCACCAUGCCACUUCUGUGUAUUGUUUGUGGAUUUGCUUCCAGCCUCUUUUCCUCCUGCCUCCCUUUCCUUACCCAUACAGAAUGCCCCCCCUUCCAACCUGUCAGCCCCAAGCUCCCACUACCUCCUCACUAAUGAUAAUAGGCCCUUCCUGGGCACUUCACUAAUUAGAGGUCACUCCCCUGCCCCAUCUCCUUCAGAUCUUUCAAGGACAGCUCUGGGAGGCAGCCUUGGCAGGACAGGGUUGGUGCAUCCAUUCUGCAGGUGAGGAAACUGAGGCACAGGUUUUAUCUCAGAGCCCCCAACUGGAUGGUCAUCAAGUUUGGAUGAGCACUUGGAUCUUGGGUCCCCCAACUCUACUUUGUUCUGCUUCCUGUGCAAACCCACUGUCCCCUUGGGGCACUGGCUAGGUACAGGACAAUCAGAAUAUGCCAUUACCAACCCAGAUGGGAAACAAGCCACUCAAACCGCUGGACCGGUGUGUUCCACAAGGUAGGUCAGGGACCUCCUGCAUCAGACUUCCCUGAGGGUCUGGUCAAAAUGCAGAUCCCUGAGUCCAGCCACAGCCUUCUGGACUGAGACUCUGCAUCUUUAACCAACUCCCUGGGGCAUCCUAAGCACCCUUGAUCACAGCAUUUAUGUUUCCAGCCCUGACCAUUAGGCAAGAGUUCUUUUAAACAAUAACCCCAGUGCUGUAUUUAAAAAUAAAAAAAAAUUUAAAAAAAGCUCUGAGCACUGUGCUGGGAUCUAGGAAACCUGGCCCUCAACCAAGCUCUGUUUGGGUUUAGUUACUCUGAGGGUUUACAAAAAGCAUCAGAGGCAAUUUACAAUCUUAGUCAUAUGUAUUUAAUAAGAUAACAAAAAGAGAAAGUCAAAAGAAAGGUGACUUAUUUCCCAAAUCUAUGUGAGGUAAUUCAAUAAUAAUGCAAUUAAAUUUCGCUCUCGAGUUUCCUAGUAGUCAUGGUAAAAGGACAAACACACCAGGAUUUUAUAACUUUCAUCAUUCAAUACAGGGAAGUAAGUGUGUCUGCCAUGGGAAACAAUCUCUUCUGCUACUAACUUAGAGCAUGGCUCCUUUCUUCAAAGGCCAUGGAGCCUGUUUUAACAGGUUGACCUUAGAUGCAAGAAUGUUUUUCAAUUGACUGUUUACAAAAAUAAAUUAAUAAAUAAACUGUCACCAGCUUGAAUGAACUUGGCCAAAUUAUGUGACUAAUCUAUGCCUCAGUUUCCUCAGCCAAAAAGUGGGAAUGAUGUCCGACCUUGCGUAGCUCUAGUGAGGAUGCUUGUAGUCUACUUGGAAAAGUGGGAGGUUCUGUGCACACGGAGGUGAUCUGAACACAUUCAGUGUCCCCAUUCAGCCCCUCAGUGCCUUGGCUCAGGAUGACACCCAUCUGACUCCCUUAUUAGUCUUAAAAAAUAGAAAGUGGGCUAGUGGAGUGGCUCAAGCAGUAUGAGCACCUGCUCAGCAAGCAUGAAGCUCUGAGUUCAAACCCCAUGUUGCCAAAAAAAAAAAAAAGUUCUGAAAAAAUAGAAAAUGGGCCAUCAGAUAGUCUAGAACAACCUUGUCCCUUUUUUAAUUGUGGCAAAAUAUAACAUGAAAUUUUC